AUGCUGUAUUUCAGCGGGAAAAUAACUAAUCGAGAAAUCCCUAUCCAGCAAGUCCUGUUCCAGCCAAAGCCCAAGCGGCCCGUUCAUGAAAUCGCUCCAUUCCUCGGAGAGUUCGUCGACCCCGUCCAUCCAGCGCUUCACCAAACCCCCGGUUUUGUUUCUCGGUGGCUUGAAUCUGUGGGAGUUAAUCCACCGAAACGCCCCAAGUCAGAGAGCUACCUCGAUCGUGUGCCCGACCACUGUGAACUCAGGAAAUUUGUGAGGUCGGCCCCCGACAUGGAUACAAAAACGUACAACAGCGGGUUCCUCGUGCCGCCAUCCCCAGACCAAAUGGACAUUUGGUCACGGUCGUUCAAGGGGGCCGAGUAUUCCAAUUCCACCAAGGUGAUAGGAGCUGUUCGGAAUUCCAACUACCGCAGGAACAACCUAGCAUUCAACGGCGUGAAUAUUCUCGCUCCAUGCGACGAGUUUCCAGACCAUAUGAUCCCUCACAUCCAGCGACUGGGAGCCGACCGUCACUCGCCUGAGCUGCCGCCGGAAAAGGUCGAGGAGUAUAUGCAAUGGCUGUCCGAGCUUGAUGCAUCGUGUAACGAGACGGACGUCGAGUCUUUUGUUGGGGAUGCCCUGCUCCCCGAAAAAAGGGAUCCUGCUUACGGAAGAGAAGCGGGCCUGCAACGUACCCGGUCCUCCUUGAUGGCGGCUCACCUCGUGCCUCGUAACCAUGGUAUGGGUACGAUUUAUCGAAUCUCUCAGCCAAAGCCCGAUUAUCUCUAUGGGUACUCCUUCGGCAACGAGGCAUUCACCAUGGAUCAACUACUGGCUCAAGAGCGCGUACAUCCAACACACCCCAAUUUCGGGAUGGUUCAACCCAGUGUUGUAUUUCCCUUUUUGGUCAUUGAAGUCAAAGCUGACGGCGGGACGGGCGGGUCUCUUUGGGUUGCCUCGAACCAGGCAGCGGGGGCUGCCGCGGUGUCCCUCAAUGCAUCCGAGCAGUUGAACAAGAAGCUCCAGGAGUGUCAGAGCGGCUUCAGAGUCGACAACGUGUUCUACGCCAUUACGGUGAUCAACUAUGCCGUCCAGCUGUACGUGGCGUGGAAGGAAGACGACUCGAAGUUCUCCAUGCAGCGGGUUCGCAUGUUCAGUCCCGACAACCCUAAACAUUUCCGGGAGCUUCGCAAGGCAAUUUGGAAUAUUCUCGACUGGGGAAAAGGCUCUCGUUUCAACCAAGUCCGAAACGCCCUGGAUAUCAUCUGGGAAGACCACUGCAAGAAGACCUCGGCCCAGGCCAAGAGCCGCCCUCCGCCGUUCGAGGGUUCCGUCGGUAGUGUCGCCAAAAGGGCCAGAUCCGUGUCAUCCUGGGCGGGUGGUAAAACGAGAAUCGGGAGUUCCUUGCGCAACGAAAUUUCCCAGGUUUACGGAACCCCUAACACCGGUUCGUCAGGGGAAGCCUCUGUUCGGCUGCCCGUCGAGGCCUUGACCGAAUCGUCAAUGGGAACCCCAACUCCCAAUGUUGACCAAUCUCCGGCCCAAACCACAGCCCUAGACAGCUCCAACCCAGGAUGGGGUUUAUACCCAGCCCCAGCAAUGCCACCGUCCCCGAGCCAGUCCGCCCAGCCGCUCCAGAACCCGUAUCAACCGGUCCAACCCCCGUAUGUUGCUGCAGGUGGACAAUACUACUUUCCCAACACUCCGGAUGGCGGAUAUUCUCAGUAUGUCCCGGAUGAGCAGGGUCAGGGGCAGGCACUGGCACUGUCACAUGAGUCUGAUAACAAGGACUGGCAACUCUGA